UAAAGAAAACUGAGUGGAGUUCCAAAAUUCGUGAAACGACUACAUCAAUUUCCCCGCCAUUUUGCGUCCAGCUGAACAAGACCGAGAUCGGGUGCGUCCGUUAUUUCGGUAUCUAUCUCCGGUAUACGUUCUACGCCGCGAUGAACGAUGCUAUCCAGCUUCGACUAUCACCGCACUGACCAGAAGAUGCAGCUAAGAACAACAAUCUGCUGUUCUUCAGAUGGAGGAAUUCGGAGUCCUUGUCGUGUCGCCUGGGCGUUCCUGAUUAUGGGGAUAUUCCAAUUUUCGAUUUUUCAACCCAGCGAACUUGUGGGCACUAUACUCAUCAUGACACUCUCCUCAGUGACCCCGAAGACGAAGAAGAGUCUAAUGACGAGCAAAAUUCUGAGGAGGAAUGGUAAGGCCACGAUUGACGCGGAGAGCUUCUCGGACUUGACUGCUUACCGGGCACAUCACAAGAAUAGCAUGUGA